AAAGCAUUAUAUUUAAAGGUUUUUUUUUGGUAGUUUAUGCCAUUAGCAAUAACUGACAAUAACGUCCUCAACAAGCUGCAGAAAGAUGAUGGACUUCGUGGCUGGAUGCGUAGGAGGUGUUGCUGGAGUCUUGGUUGGACACCCGUUUGACACAGUAAAGGUCAGGCUGCAGAUCCAGAGCGUCGACAAGCCGCUUUAUCGUGGAACGUUCCACUGUUUCCAGUCCAUCAUAAGACAAGAGUCGGCGUUUGGUUUAUAUAAAGGCAUUGGAUCUCCCAUGAUGGGCCUGACAUUCAUCAAUGCCAUAGUUUUUGGUGUUCAGGGCAACGCCAUGCGUCUGCUUGGAGAGGACACCCCUACACACCAAUUUCUGGCCGGUGCCGCUGCAGGAACCUUACAGUGCGUCAUCUGCUGCCCCAUGGAGCUAGCUAAAACCCGUAUGCAAAUGCAGGGCACCGGGCAGAAGAAGUGGUCUUCUAAGAAACUGUACAAGAACUCCCUGGAUUGUUUGUUGCACAUCUACAGACGAGAGGGUCUGCCGGGCAUCUACAGAGGAAUGGUCACCACUCUCGUCCGUGAAAUGCCUGGCUUCGGCAUGUAUUUCUGGACCUACGCUGUGCUGUCACAGAGCCUGGGCUGUGAGCCCAGCGACAGCUACAUGAUCCCCAAACUGCUGUUUUCCGGCGGCAUGGCCGGCAUCGCCUCGUGGCUCGUCACCUAUCCCGCAGAUGUGAUCAAAUCUCGGCUGCAGGCGGACGGGGUGGGCAGAGUCAACCAGUAUAGCAGCAUCGCAGAUUGCGUACGACAGAGCGUGAGGAAGGAGGGUUAUAUGGUGUUCACGCGAGGCCUCACCUCCACGGUGCUACGAGCCUUCCCUGUGAACGCGGCCACCUUCGCCACUGUCACCCUGGUACUGAUGUACGCCCGCGGUGAGGACCUCUCGCCUCUAAUUGUAAAAUUCUGACCCUUGAUUUUGGCACUUUAAAAACGCAUGAAAUGACAAGCAAAGACCCCAUUAAUGCUCUAUGACUCCGUUACUGUAGAUCAGCCAUUCCCAGCUGUGAGUCUUGGAAUAUCUCAUAUAAAUAAGCACUCUUUUGAAGAAAGGACAGUGAGAUGUAUUUUAUUUUUGUUAACUUAUGUUCCUGUUUGUAACUCCAGAAAUUAAGAAACAAACAAUGCCAUCACCUCUAAUGAGAUUAGAGAUAUAUAUGCAACAGAGGUGUAGCUUAUAGUCUUAAAAACUACAAAAAAAAACGCAAAAUUGAUGGUGUUUCUGGGUCGAUUUUACAGUUUGAAAUCCCUUAUAUAUUUAGCAUAUCUUGAGAUGUGUGUUUUGCAAUGUGUCUAUAUACCAAUAAUUUUACUAUUUGUUUUUUGUUUUCUAUUUUUGGAAACAUUUCCCUGCCUUAUUGAAUGUUUUUAUCUGGCCCAAGAUGUCGCUCAAGCUUUACAUGAGCUUUGAGAAACUGUAGCAAAUAAUAAAUGUGUGAAACUACUUUUAUCUAACCAGAACAACAUAACAGCUGUAGUAUCGUCAUCAUCCCCGUGUCUCUGUUGACUCUACAGUACUAUCCACUGUAGACAAUAUCCCACCUGGUAUGAACGACCCUUCAGGGUUUGUUUUGAUUUCUGUAGGUGUUUGUUACCUUUUAUGUUUUGUUCUACCAGAAAAUGUGAAGAUUUCUUACUGUAAUUCAGCUGCUGUAUCGAAGGUCCAGAUGUGAAAUGUGGAACAAUGCACUGUCCUUAUCUAUUUUUUCUUUUUUCAUUUUGUUCAGUAAGUUUACAGUUUAAAAGUUGCACACAUAUUUAUGUAUUUAUUUGUUGUUUGUAACUGUGGUAAAGAUGUGCAGAGAAGCCUUAAAGAAAAUGGAUAUUAUGGAGGCUCAGUUUUGAUUAUCACAUUUCCAGUUGUUCUUUUUUUUAAUUAAUGAUUUAAUUUUAUUCUUUUAUUUAUUUUUUAUUCAUGCACGCUUUUCCUGUUUGCAGAUCAACAUGCAUGCAUGUUACUUGAGUUGCAUGUUAUUCGGUCUUUCCCUCUGUAUCUCAUAUUUAUACUCCGGAGAAACAGGAAGUCACAAUUACUCAUUGUAAAUCAUUCAUCUUAAGAGGAUUGUUUGGGUGCCGUUGGAGAUGUCCCUUUAUUUUAAGGAUUUCCACACCUCGUCAUCAGAGCAAAUGAUAAAUUAACUAAUUUUAAGAUCUCUUACCUUUUUAAAUUUGGAAAGUGUUGCAUUUUUAUUUUCUGCUGUAUAUCCGUGUCAGUUUUGACAGGCUUCCGUUCCCUGUUUUGUCCCCACAGCAGGCUGCUGCUGCUACCAUGUUUCUAUGGGCGUGGUGUGUUCAAGGUGAUGCACAGUGUUAAUUUCCUGCUAUGCAUCGCAUUUUGCAUGCAAGCCAAAAGAGAGAAUGUUGUCAGAGUUUGAUUCUAAGAGACAAACAAGAAAUAAGACGUGCAAAUGUUUGCAGUAACCUCUAAUUUUGGGAGUUUUCUUAGUUUAAUGGCUCUUAAAAGUCAUUCCUGUUGGCUCAAAUAUAGUUCUGUUUUGGGUUAUGACAUAAUCUGCAAAGGCAGGGAAUGCCAACUCAAAAGAAUAAAAAAUACUUGAAGUUUGAAUUUUCAGCUAUACAAAACUGCUGCACUUUAUCUGCAUCAGAGAUUGAAUCACAUUGCAGUUUUUGAUCUGUAAAAAGCACUUGAAAGUUUCACUGAAGGAUGGCAACUGACUUCUUUCUUUGUGUGCCUGUUAUUGCAUAAAUUAUUGUUUGUAUUUAAAAUGAGCAAUUUUUCCUUUCAAAAGGCAGGCCAAUGUGACUCUGUCAGAUUGAUGAACAAUCUGCUUGCUGGAAAGGUUGUUUGAAGUUGUACGGUUUAUAAAAUGUAAAAGCACUGCUGGCACUUGUGUAUGAAACAUUCCUGUUUGGAGAUGAGAAAGUCCCAGUUGCACUAAAACCUCAAGGAUGUUGAAUGUAAGUGACCUGUAUUCACACACAGCCGGUCCUGGAGGGUGAUGUGAGUAUUUGUUCAUUAUUAUGGGAAUUUCUGACCUCCAAGUAAAAAUGUUACUGUUUAAUUUUCUUAAAUGCUGCUGAAAUGCUUGAUUUUUAAUCCCAGCUCACUGUGUUAAAGGACAAUGAAGAAAGCAGUUUCUUCUUAUUUCCACCUCUGUGACAAUACCAUGCAAGUAUUGUCACAAUAAUGACACAGAGCCAAUCCAGCCAAUGUGAAAGAAGCAAUAUGUACAGGGCUAAAUAGUAAAAUAUGAGACUUAUUUUCAAGUACAGCAUAUAAUUUUCCAUGAAUGAUUUUGGUCAGUUUGAGCUUCCUCUUGUAGAUGUUUUAUUAGACACUGAUGACAUAUUUUUGUCAUGCAGAACCUGUUUGUCUCUGAAAGAGAAUAAAAACAAUUAACCAGC